UAAAAGUCAUAUUUAAUUACAUUUCGCAUAAAUAAUUGUUGUAUUUUGUGCAAAAUACUGAAAACAUCGAAUUUGCAGGCUUUUUAUUUGUUCACUAGAACGGCAGUUGGGCUUAUUAAUCAAGGCCUGUUGCGCGCGUGCAUUUAUUCUCGUACACAAUAAUUUUUAUUAAAACGUCUCUCUCGCUUCAUUUAAUAUUUAACAUAAGUGAAUCCCAUAUUAGAAAUGGAAGUGCCAAGAGAUAUUCAACUUGAAAUUACAGUGAAUCAAAAUCAAUUAAAAAAUGCAAUUAGAAGUCAUCAGAUUUUGGUUUGGAAAUUAAAGGAUGAUCCAAAUAAUGAAGAUAUUAAAUUGGGAAUUCAAGAAAUUCAUAAGGAAAUAGUUGAUAUUGGACAUAUUCAAAGAAAUAUUGUAGAACGACUACGUAAAACUGUCCAAUCCCUCGAUCAAAAAUUGACACAGAAACCAGGAUUAGAAGAAAGGCGAUUUAAUUUGGCAAAUGUUCUCAAUAAAACUCGAAAGCAAGCUAUUGUGUCCCGAUCAACUUCAUUAAGUCCAUUAUCACCACCAUCAGAUGAAUCUCAAGACAUUCCAGUAUCUGAACCAAAAACACCUGAGAGCUUAGAAUAUCCAGAUCCAGCAUCAUUAGAUUCACCAACACAAUCCGAAUUUUUAGGCUUCUUUGGAUUGUGUACACAUGAAGUAUUUAAAGAAUUGCAAAAUAAACGCGUUGAAAGAAAACGAAGGAGCACUGCCAAUCCUCAUUUUUUGUAUGGAAACCAUUGGGAAAAUAAUAAAAUCAAGCGAAGAAAAAAUGUUUAUUUACAAUCAAACUUUUCACCACCCAACACACGCAGUGCUUUACGGAAACAAAAAGAAGAACGACGUAUUCCAUCACCACCUAUUAAAAGUGAAUCUAGAUCAACUUCACCGGUGCCUAUUAGUAGUAACAAUAAUAAGAAUAAAUCAAUAUCAGCAGCAAUUGGCUUAAAUAUUCCAAAUCUUCCAAGUGGUUUAACGAUAGAACGUGUUGAAAAUAAUUCAAGUUCACCUGAUUUGAAAACUUGCAUUAUAUGCAGAUUACCAGGUGGUUUAUCGUUAUGUGAAAAAUGUGAGUCACAUUUUCACAUAUCAUGCCAUAAUCGGCCACUCACAAAUACACCACGUCAUUGCCCAAAAUGUGCGCCGAAACGUGAUCGAGAUUUAACCAGUUAUCGAGAACCUGUUAGUAUGACUGUAGUUUUGGGAAAUGGUGUUCAAGUAUCUAGGGAAUUUAAAGAACGUCUUGAGGAGAAAAAACGUCUCCAAGAACAAAACAUCAACUUAAAUAAUCAAAUAAAUAAUUUAAAAGCGCGACACGCUGAAUUAACCAUAUCAUUGAAGACACAAGAAGAGGAAAAGAAAGAGCUGCUUAUAUGUGAACAUUCAGCGAAAGAGAAUAUUCAACGUAUAUUAGAUUUUGUUAAAAAUAUUAAAGGUACAACAGCUACAACAUGUGAAAUAUCAAAUGGAUCAUGAUUUUCAAAACAAACAUAUGAAUUU